CUCACCUUCGGGGUCCAAUGUGGAUGGGGUGGAGGGUACUGGAGAAAUGUCUUUGAUCACAAUUUAUUUUUACUCCGGUUAUCUUUAGUGACAAUGAUUAUUUGUUGGACAUCGGUCUUGUGUAAGGGUUGGAUGACUGUCUGCAGCCGUACGUCCACAAGUUUGAGCGGGAGAAGAUAGAUGGAGAGCAGCUGCUGAAGAUCUCCCACCAGGAUCUGGAGGAGCUGGGGGUCACACGGAUUGGGCACCAAGAGCUGGUGUUGGAGGCUGUGGACCUUCUCUGUGCACUGAAUUACGGCCUUGAAACUGAUAAUAUGAAGAACUUGGUUCUGAAACUGCGGGCAUCCUCGCACAAUUUGCAGAAUUACAUAAGCAGCAGGCGGAAGAGUCCAGCCUAUGAUGGGAACACGUCUCGCAAGCCCCCCAAUGAGUUCCUGACUUCUGUGGUGGAGCUCAUUGGCGCUGCCAAGGCCCUGCUGGCUUGGUUGGAUCGGGCUCCAUUCACAGGGAUCACGGAUCUCUCCAUGACAAAGAAUAAAAUCAUCCAACUGUGCCUGGACCUCACCACGGCAGUUCAGAAGGAUUGCCUUGUAGUGGAAAUGGAGGAUAAAGUUUUAAAUGUGGUCAAGGUCUUAAAUGGCAUCUGUGACAAAACAAUGCGCUCUACUACAGACCCUGUUAUGAGCCAGUGUGCAUGCCUGGAGGAAGUUCACUUACCAAAUGUUAGACCUGAGGAAGGCCUGGGCAUGUACAUCAAGUCAACCUAUGACGGACUGCAUGUGAUUACUGGAACCACAGAAAAUUCUCCAGCAGACCGAUCUCAGAAGAUUCACGCUGGCGAUGAGGUCAUUCAGGUCAAUCGGCAGACAGUGGUCGGGUGGCAGUUGAAAAAUCUGGUGAGAAAGUUGAGAGAGAAUCCCACGGGUGUGGUGCUGCUGCUGAAGAAGAGGCCCACGGGCUCGUUCAGCUUCACUCCAGCCCCACUGAAGAACCUGCGGUGGAAGCCGCCCCUCGUGCAGACCUCACCCCCACCCACCACAACCCAGUCCCCAGAGAGCACCAUGGAUGCCCCCCUGAAGAAGGAGAAGCCAGCCAUCCUGGACCUAUACAUCCCUCCUCCACCUGCUGUGCCCUACUCUCCCCGGGAUGAGAAUGUGAGUUUCAGCUACGGAGGACACAGUAAGAGUAAACAGGCGUUGCCUGGGCGCAAGGGUUCCGAGUCCCCUAACUCCUUCUUGGACCAGGAGAGCCAAAGACGCAGAUUUACCAUCGCAGAUUCCGAUCAGCUGCCCGGGUAUUCGGUGGGAACCAAUAUUCUGCCCACAAAAAUGAGAGGGAAGACACCGUCCUAUGGCAAGCCCCGGCCGCUGUCCAUGCCUGCAGACGGGAACUGGAUGGGGAUUGUGGAUCCUUUUGCUAAACCUCGAGGUCAUGGGAGGAAAGGGGAAGAUGCCCUCUGCCGGUACUUCAGCAAUGAGCGGAUUACACCCAUCACUGAAGAAAGUGCCUCUCCUGUGUACCGGUUCUCUAGACCGCUAACUGAGCGGCACCUGGUGCGAGGUGCGGACUACAUCCGAGGGAGCCGGUGCUAUAUCAAUUCCGAUCUGCACAGCAGCGCCACCAUUCCAUUCCAGGAGGAAGGCUCCAAGAAGAAAUCCUCCUCCUCCUCAGCCAAGGCAUCUUCUGGGGAGCCUUCGCUGCUGGUCAGCUGGCUGACUCGCCUCAAGCUAUUGACUCACUAAGGUUGCUGCUCCACCAGCUUCCCGCCUGUCUCCUGCUAGCAAGUGCCUUCUUCCUCGGUGGACAGCUUCUUCAGGCUCCUUCCACAGUACUCCAUGGCGACUUUACUUCAUUCCAUUUUUUUUUUUUAAAAGGUUGUAUACUGUCGUUCCUAGAGUUUCGAAGUCACCAGAGGGCAUCAAAUCCAGUGGAUCUUAGGUGCUGUCCGUGGAGGCAGAAGGAAGGACGGACAUGGCACAGCCUGUUUAGUCUUGCUUUCCCACUGUGGGGAUGUGGAGACAUACUCUUUAAAGUGUUGGUGUUGGCCAGACAACUUAAUGUCAGGAACUGGCAGAAUUGUUCACUUUUGUCUUCAUGGACACUGGGGACUAAAAUUGAUGGGUUUUGUCACAUAGAUACGUCGGUUUGUGGUCCAACUUCUGUAUCUGAAAAAGCUGAAGGAGAAAAACCUCUGUUUUGAUUUUCUUUUUUUUUUUUUUUUUGAAGGAAGACGACCUGACUUUUAAUAGCAUAGCUCUAGCCCCAGAAAGCAAGAUAGACAGACAGCAAGCUAUGCAAAGAUGCCAGAGGUGCAAUGGCACAAACAACUAGGAGACUGCCCUUGUUCCUGCCCAUCUCCCAAGUUUGUGAGGUGGCUGUAUACCCAGGAACCUUGGGCCCACCCAGCCCCCACUCCCAAAUCCUUAGUGUUCAACGAAGCCUGGGCCAAGCCUUGCUUCUAGAGUGGUUGAGUGAAGCAGCAGCAAGAAGAGUCAAGUAGUCCAACCAUCCAACACAAACUAUCAGACAUUUCAAAAAGUGAAGACUUGUAUCUUGCAAUAGCUUGUAGCUAGACAGACGGUCCAGGAUUUGGUCCUUGCUUCUCUCCUAUCCUGGGCGUCCUUAGGACCUUACAUCAAAGUCCUUAGGUUCAUACUUUCUGGAGCUCAAUGUGGGGCCCCUUGGCAAGUCUCACAUCAGCCAUGUAAACGUAAAAUAAGGUCACGAGUAGAGGUAGCAGUCAAAGUAGAAAGUGGGCACAAGCAGAAGCUCGAGCUGUUACAGAGGGGACAAGAAACCAUGCAAGGAGACUAUUUAUUUUGAAAGGACUUUUCAAUAAACACAGUGAACAGGCUC